UUUAUUUAUGUUUACGUUUCUUUUAUGUUUAAAACCCAUCAUAUAUUUCUUUCCAAUAAUUGAAUUAUUUACAUUAUUAUUCAGUAACAAGAAGCGGAGUUCCUAUUUUGCUUUAUUCUCUAUCCGAAGAAACUAGUUUGACGUAAAAGAGUAUUUUUUUAAGGCAGUUUUUGUUCAGCCACCCAUGGGUGACGCAUCACCAUAGUGGCCAUAAGAAGUAAAUAUUUUGAGGCAGCUUAGUAGCUUGCCGAGUACUUUUCCAUAUCCAGUGGUUUUCAAAAUCUACCAAGGCUUAGGAAAGGAAUUUAUGCGGCUUAUAAUUGCUUUAAUGAAGUUUUAUUGAACCACAUUUUAGAGUUUAAUUUUAGCAUACAAAUAUAUUAGUGACUGUAAGCUAAAUAAGAAAAUUUAAAGCAAGAUGAAUAACAUCGAACUACCUACAGAUAAUAAUCAAGAAGUAUCAGUUGAUGAGUCGAGCACAGUGAUAAUAAUUUUGGAUACUAAUCCUGCUCAAAAUUAUUUGAGAGAUAAACCUAAUCAGCUAACAAAUGUUGUAGACUCUCUUAUAGCCUUUGGAAAUUGUCACCUAAUGCAAAAAGCUCAAAAUAAGUUGGCUAUAAUGGCAUGCCACUCCAAAUCAAGUCAGUUUCUUUACCCGGGACCAAGAAAACCUUUGGAUGUGCGACAAAUAGACGGUCAAUAUGAAGUAUUUUUACAAGUAGAGAAAACUGUCAAACAAAACUUAGCUUUAUUGUUAACUACUGAACCGACCAUUUUUUCUUCGGAAUCUUUGCUAGCAGGUGCCAUAGCAAUGGCGUUGUGCUAUAUUGCAAGGCAAGAAAGAAAUAAACCAACCGGUGUCAAAACCAAUUCACGUAUACUAGUCAUAACAGGAAGUGGAGAUUCAGCGUCACAGUAUAUGAACUACAUGAACGUAUUUUUCACUGCGCAAAAACAAAACGUUGUAAUAGAUGUUUGUGCAUUUGAUCACAAUUUAAGCCUGUUGAGACAAGCAUGUGAUGUUACAGGCGGGCUCUAUUUGAAGGUACCUCAAAUUUCAGCUUUAUUACAGUUUCUGUUGUGGGUAUUUUUACCUGAACCCUCAAUGCGGGAAAAAUUAGUUUUACCUCCACCUGUCAAAGUUGAUUAUAGGGCAGCGUGUUUUUGUCAUCGGGAGUUAAUUGAUAUUGGAUAUGUUUGUUCUGUCUGUCUAUCUGUUUUCUGCAAGUUUAGUCCCAUUUGUACAACUUGCCACACUGUUUUUAAGAUACCUGGACAACUAUCAAUGAAGCCGAAGAAGAAGAAAAUGAAACUUUAAAAUUUGCUUUGUUUUUGUUAAAUUAUUAUGACCAAAUUAGUUUGUGAAAAUCAAGAUAAAUAAAAAACACAUAAAUCCA